AAGAAAGUGGGCCAUCUUCGCUACGUCGCGUCCGUGCCCGUGUUCGAAUCUUGGUAUGUUUGAAGCGUCAGGGCACCCUGCCGCCGUCAAAAUACGUUCAUUUGUCCGGAGCUGAAACGUGUAGCCAUCGUCUAUGGCUGACAAAAAGGAGCCAGCGACGGAAGAAAAAGUGAAAGCGGAAACGGCUAAACAAGAGGCGAUGGAAGUAGAAACGAGCCAGGAGUUUCCCAAAAAGUUCUUUUUCUUCAUGUUCGUGCUGUUUCGGUGCGGAGGAGCUUUUUUCGUGAGGACUGCGUUCGUGCCCGACGAGUACUGGCAGUCCCUGGAAGUGGCGCACAAGUUUGUUUUCGGGUAUGGCUACCAGACCUGGGAAUGGAAGUAUGCCAUUCGAAGCUCUGUGUACCCUAUGUUCAUAUCGGCCCAGUACUACCUGCUUAAGAUGUUCAAGAUUGACACCGUAUUCACAGUGACUAUGGUGCCACGCCUCGUUCAGGCUUUCAUGUCGGCCAUCGGAGACUACUGGACCGUGGAACUGGGCCGCCGCCUCUUUGGCUACGAGGGGGCCUGCUGGACAGCUGUGUCCUUGCUGUGCUCGUGGUUUCUGCACUACACCGCCUCGCGCACAUUGACCAAUGUCGCCGAGCAAGUGUUCACCGCUGGGGCCCUUUCCAUGUACCCGUGGGGCGGUCAGAAGCAGCCGAGCACCUCAUGGAGCUACCUGUGGCUGGUGGGCCUGUCGUGCAUGAUCCGACCCACGGCUCUGGUCCUGUGGCUCCCCCUCGUUGCUCUGCACUUUGCAAGGGCGUCGCACUCCAGGACGUUCCUGCUCAAGAGAUUGGCCUUCACAAGCCUGAUCUGCUUUGGUGCUCUGAUGCUGUGUGACCGGUGGUUCUACCAGCGAUGGGUGUGCACGCCGUGGAACUUUGUGCGACUCAACUUGGUGGCCGACAUUGGUGCCCACUACGGCAAACAUCCUUGGCACUGGUACUUCACCGUGGGGCUACCUGCGGUGCUGGCGCUGCAACUGCUGCCCUUUGUGCUGGGCGUGCGAGUCGGCCGCUGCCGCCUUCUUGCCGCAGUUGUCAUCUGGCACAUGCUGGUGCUCAGCCUGGUAAGCCACAAGGAGUUCCGCUUCCUGCUUCCCGUCUUCCCGCUGGCCAUGUGCGUGUGCGGGGCGGGCAUGGCGCGCCUGCCUCGCUCGUGGGGCAUCACGCUGGCCAUCCUGCUCGGAGUGGCCUUCUUCCCGCCUGCCCUGUACUUUGGCCUGUUCCACCAGAAGGGCACCCUGGAGGCAAUGGAUUACCUGUCCAAGGAGCUGGACAAACAGCCUGGUGGUGGCAGCGUGACAUUCCUCAUGCCUUGUCACUCAACGCCCUUCUACAGUCACAUUCACCGGAGCAACGUCAAGAUGAAGUUCCUAACGUGCGAACCGAACAUCAAGAAGAAGAAGAACCACAAGGACGAGGCUCGGGACUUCUUCCUGGACCCCGUCAAUGGCCUGAAAAUGUACGGUCUCGGAGGCAUGACAGACUACGUGGUCAUCUACAACAGCCUGUACAAGCACAUGAUUGACUUUGUGGUGGACUUUGACUUGAAGUUUUUGAAGGGCUUCCUUCACACUCACUUCCCAACCGCGUACGUGGGCAAGGAAGUAUGGAUCUACAAAACUCACUAGCAGCAGCAGCUCUUCUCCCGCGUGCUUUUAUGAACUCCUAGUCAUGUGCUGUCUGUGUUGCUGCGGUCACACCAGGUGCUGCUGUUGUGGGUGAGUGUUUUGGAUGUGCGUGUGUGUCAGUGAGUGAUAGGGUUGUGAAGAUGUGGAAUAAAACAUCAAAGUACCUGA